GACACUGUGGACCAAGACAGUUGAGGGAAAGGAGAAGUGAUUUCCUAACAGCUCAUAGUUGGGAAACUGAAAGCGGAGAUUUUAUGGAUCAAGAAAGUCCCCUACGCUCACAACAUGAUGAAGAACUGUCAGUCCUCAUUGGCCGUUCACUGCUGAGGCUGCAGGAUGCUGUUGUUACAGCGAUGUCGCACACCCGCAAGAAGGUUUUGCAGGGCUUUGUUGUCUUCUCUGUCAUCUUGCUGCUCCUCUGGCUCGCUGCCUUUUUAUAUGGGAGCUUCUACUACUCUUACAUGCCCAAGGCGGCUUUUUCGACACCUGUGCACUAUUACUACAGGACAGACUGUGAGUCUCCUUCCUCUUUUUUGUGCUCUUACCCAGUGGCCAACAUCUCUCUCAUGAGGAACAAGAAACAUGUGCUGACAUUUGGCCAGGCCUAUCAGAUCUCUCUGCAGCUGGAGUUGCCUGAGUCCCCAACCAAUCAGGAGCUGGGGAUGUUCAUGGUCAAGACAACCUGUUUCUCUCGGGAUGGAGGCCAGAUUGCUUCCUCUGCUCGUUCAAGCAUGCUGCGAUACCGCUCAGACCUGCUGAGGACCAUGGGAACGCUGCUCUUCCUCCCAGCCUUUCUGAGCGGAGCCAUUGAACAGAAACAGAUGCUGGAGGUGGAGCUCUUCUCCGACUUUACUGACGACCCUUAUGCCCCCUCGGUCACAGCCGUCAUUGAGAUCCUGUCCAAUAAGGUGCAGAUCUACUCAUCUCAGCUGUACGUUCACGCUCACUUCACUGGCAUAAGAUACUUGUUGUUCUACUUCCCUGUCUCAUCAGCCCUGGUGGGUGUUUCCAGUAACUUCAUCUUCCUCAGUGUCCUCUUCAUCCUCAGCUACAUGAGGCUGUUGCUGAGAGUUGAAUGGAAACCAGAGCAGCUCAGAACAGAUGGAUCGGUGUCAGAGAGGGAGAACAUGAACAGCAACGAGCAAGAGGAUGAAAAAGAUGUUGCUGCGGGUACUGCAGAGCUGCUGGGUCCCCUCCAGAUAACCCCCACAAAUCUGAGCCGGGAGAGGCCCCAAUUGCACUUUGGCAACGGCACAGAGCUGCAGAACAGACAUACACUUAGUCAGGUUGAAAUAAAUGAGACAGAGGCAGCCUGAGGACAUUAAUAAAGGAGAGCGAGAGAGUGCAGAGAGCGACCCUCAUACUGAGAUGUAAUGAUGAUUUAAGAGCAAUAUGUGGUUGAAAAUGACUCAGAAAGAGGCCGUGCAACACUGACAGAUUGCCGAGGGAUGACCUGAGCUGCUCUGUUUGAGCUGUAGAUCUUCAAAGUAGCAAUUUCUCUUUCAUGUACUCUGAUUCACACUGGUAUUUUACCUUUAAUGGAAACACCGUUUGAUUUAUGAGAUUGACGCAUCUGAAACCUCAGCAUUUCAUUCAAAUCUCUCAUUGUCAUUUCCUUUUUAGCACUGACCUGAUGUUUACUAUUUCAUUGUUCCAUGUUAAAUAAAUACAAAAUAUAUUCUGAUAUAAAGAGACAUAUUGAAAACUACAGAGAAAAAGAUGUAAUACGUGACAAUUAGAUAGUGAAAACAAUUUUAGAACUCAUGUCCCUUUUCCAAAGUCCCAAAGUUUUUACCUUUCAAUCCCAUUUUCCUAAUGACCAUUUAAUUCAUGACACACACACUCAAGACAAACAGACAGAGUCAGUUAUGUGACUGGCUGUUGCUUCGGUCUGAAUGAGUGCACAGCCAGUUUGUCUCAGUCUUGUUAGACAAAUGCUUUUUAAAUGAAACACUCUCUGGUAAAAUUUGUGUUACAUGAAAAUGACCAAUAAUCCAUUAUUGUUAAGAGAAGCAGGAUGAAAUAACAUUCCUUAGUAAUGAGCUGACUUUUAAAAAUGUUUUCAAUUACAUCACAUUUUGAUGGUUAUAUCAUAUAUAUUUUGUCAGCAUUUAUACAUGUGAAUAUUUAUUUCAAAAUGACUUUUUUAUUCAUUUAGUGUUGAACAGAUUUUAGAGCUGUUUCUCUUGGAAGUUAUAACUGUCAUGCUGGCUGAAAUGUUACUUUAAAACACUGUUACUUGAGCAAAAUAUACCAUUAUGAUUAAGAUGUGCAUUUUUAAUAUACAAAAAUAUUCUAAAUUGACUGAGUUUUAGCCAAAAUGUGUCUUGCUUAGCUGCAAAUCUAUUCUAAAAUAUCAUCUGUUCAAUUGCUGCAAUAAAACCUUCAAAAAAUGUU